AUGAGCUCCCGGUUCGUAGUCACGACACUGCUCGCGAGCGCUGUAUCCCUGACGCUGCUGCCACCUUCGGUGGAGGCCGCGGCAUGCGCGCAGAUCUGCUACACAACAGUCCUGACGGGAUUCGGGCCGGGCGGCACACCCGGCUGCACCUGCAGCGGAUCGCAGCAGGGGGCACGCACAGGAGCAGGAGGCUGCAACUGCGGCCAAUGCUAUGAGAAGACAAACGGUGCUGUCUACGGCUUCGCUAUCAACGCGAACGGAACUUGCACAUACGGCACGGACUGCGGGAACUGUGACUACUCGAGUACUACCAGCUCCCCCACCAGUACACCGUCAACCGAUGGGGGUUCUCAAGCCACGACAUCGACACCGUCGCCGGUUCCAUCGACCUCCACAGCUACUCCAACUGUCACAGACUCUGCGUCAGGCUCAACCUCAUCGACUACAGACUUGAGCAGCUCGUCGAAUUCGGCGAGUGAUAGCAGUGCGAAUACUUCCACCAACGGCAGCACUAGCACUCACACAGGCAGCAGUUCGAACUCAAUAUCAAGCUCAAGCUCACAUGACAACGCCAGUGGCGGCCCAGACAGCCGAGCGGCUAGUGAAGCUGAGCAGCAAGCAGCGCGCGGCCCUCACCUGAGCAUGUGGCAGAUCGUGCUGGCAAUUUGCUGUUCAGUGCUGUUCUUUGCAGUCGCAGUCGUGUCGGUGUGUUCGUGCUACUGCAAGGCGCGCAGCCGUCUGUACCAGCACGAGGAGGACGUGGCCACCUACUACAGCCAGAAUGCGGCAUUCCAGCCGUGGAGUGCUGACAGAACUCCGGCACCACAUGUACAUGUACUUCAAGCCACUAAAUCCUCAAACAUGGUCUAA